UCGUCAUUUUGGAAAUUAUACCGACUCUCCGAGCCGUAAAAUAGAGCCUGCCUCUAUGGUUGCAAUCGCAUCAAUAUUUCCAAACCUGUGAUCAUGCACCUUUGGGCUCGAUGACAAUGAGAAAAAGUUUGCAGUUUUAAGAGCUGGAAAUCGAUACGGGCUGGCUGAGUCACUUGCAGUCUUGAAUCAGCCAUCUUUGGAGCAUUUGCGCAUGAAUUUCUGCUACAUGGAUCCCCUGGACCACGAAUUCUCUCCGCCAAGUGCUUUGCUUCCAGAAACCCCAAACAUAGAUGAUCUGAGCAUAUCUCUUCGCGGGUCUUUUCAUCGCCUUACAAACCUUGUCAGAGUUGAGUUAGGGGGUCUAAUCGCCAUUUCUCCAGCACUCUUUUGGCCGCAGAUUGAGAAAACAAGUGAAACAAGAAACCCCGAGAAUGAGGUCUCCGGGCCUGUCCCCUUCUGGCCUAAUCUUCAACUAUUGGACAUUACGUUUAGCUUAGUUGCUCCGAAUGGUGAAUGGUACUUUGAACACGACCUUGACCGGGUAUAUACUGCUCAGGAGUUUGGUAUUGAUGAGGAGGGAAUUGAAGAGGGAGUGUUUGUUGAUCCUGCCGAGUUUCACAUGCUGAAUGAUGCGGACGAUUUUGUGCAAGGUAUUGAAAAUCUCCAACCUAUUGGAAAUGCUGGAGGUGCUGAGAACAACGUUGCGGACAACGACCCGCAAAAUAUGCAUGAAAUGAAUGGCAUGCAGGUCAUGGAAACAGCCGGCUAUUAUGACGAACAACUUGAAGAAGAGAUUAUAGGGAACAGACCUGUUUUCGUAUCUCGAUUUCGGCCCAUCCCAGAGCGCAUAAACCCACUUUUAAUCGCGCUUGCUAAAGCUUCGUCGCCAUCAUGCAUGCCAUCGCUGCAAUUUUUGAGGCUGGAGGCAUCCACUUACCGGCGGUAUGGUGGUUUUGAACCAUCCGAUUUUGAAGUGGUCUUCAGAAGAAAAACAGUACCGCCCAUGGAACUGGAUCUGGAGUUUUGGAAAUUCCAGCUGGAUCGCCACGUCGAGAAGGUCUGGCGCGAAACCGCCAUGUGUGGCACAGGCAACAUUUCAGAACGUAUAAAUCCCCGAUAUUAAUUCAUCACGAUGUACGAUGCUAUGAAUCAUGUCAAGAUUUUGCAGCUUUUCUCUGGAUUUUCCUUUAUCCUUUUCCUUUAUCCUUUAUUUUUAUUUUUAUUUUUUAGCCCAGAAGGUAUUUUUCUUUCG